AUGGAUAUUAAAAAUCAAUUGCCAAUGCCUGAUUCUUAAUAAUAAACAUAAAACCUAUUAUAGGCCCGCAAAUAAUCCAAUAGCCCCUCAAAUUAAAAGCGAAUUAUUAAAGACAAAAGAUCCUCCAAUACUUUAACUUCCAAAAAUCAAGGUGUUUCAAAAAUGGAUCCGAAUCCAGAUAAUUAAUUUUAAAAGGGUAACUCUGCUGGCUAAAGCAAGUAAAACUAAUAAAAAAUGGCAGAUGAUAAUACAUAUAUUUAAAAUUCAGCGAGAUCUUAACUUGAUUAAAAGUUGGGCAGAAAACCAUCUAAUAUAGAUAUAAGUAAUCCUGGUGUCUUUAGUCCUGGCAGAUAAAAAAAUGAUUUUCCACCUUAUCAUUGUCACUAGAGUAUUUGCUAUUUUCCUUAUUAGAAUCCAGGAUUAGUCUAGAAUUUUUAAUAGAAUAACAACAAUCAAAUUAACUCUCAAUUAGACAAUUUAAUAUAAACUUGCAAUACUUUGAAAAUGCAAUUAGAUCAAUAAUAAAAUCUCUAAAAAAACUAAUACUAGAAGAAUGAUCAAAACCCAAAUAAUCAUUCAUAUGAUCCUAUCUAGUAAAAUUAAUCUUUGGAUAAUCUUGAUUUCAAUGAUGUUUAAUAAGAUAACAACACCCCAGCAAGUGGCAGGAAUAAUUAAUAAAACACUGAGAUAAUGAUUAAUGAUCCCAAUAUUAAAAAUUAACAAUAAAAAUAAAGAAGCUUUAAUCAUUCCAAAACUUAAAAUCUAAGUUAGAACGUUUUCGAAAAUUAAAAUAAUUACAAGAGAUAAAAAACUUAGGGCGAUAAGGGUGAAGCAAUAGAUGACAAUGAAAAUGAUGAGGAAUUUUUGAGUGACGAUAAAUCUUAUGAAUCGGGAAAUUAAUAAAGAAAUAAUCAGCCCUUUAUGCAAACAGAUAUCGCUGUUGAAGCUUUAACUGAUUUGAAGCAUACUUAUACUAGUCGAACAUUAAAUAAUAGGGAAAAAAGGAAAAUUCCUUCAGGCUAUUUGAAUAAAAAUGACAUCGUUGAUAUAUUGCAUCCACUUAAGUUAUUCCUUAUCAAAGUUAAGGAUGGAACCUCUGGAGAGUUCGGAGAAUAGUUAAAGGAAGGAUUAAAAGAUUUUUAAGUGAAUGCCUCUAGAUUUUAAAUUGAGUUAGCUGACAAUAAUGAAGACAUAGAAUUGAAAAUACUCUUGGCAUAGCUAGUGGAGUAUGCUAAGGAAGCAAAUGAAAUGGUACUAUGCAAGUUAUGCAUCAAAUUAGUCAAGAGAGCAUCAUGUGAUUUCGUACACACGUCAACAAUUGGGUCUCAAUGUAUUAUUUAGGAUAAUUAUUGUGCUGAUUGUCUGCUUAAGGAGUGGGAUUAAGCCCAAUAAAUUGGAGAUUUCAUGGAAUGUCCUUAAUGCUUUGACAUUAUCCAGGACUAAGAAAUUUAAAAAUUUAAAGAUUAAUAUUAGCAAGCAGCUGUGAAAUGA